UCUGUACAACAUGGCAGCUUCCAUGAGGUCGAAAUCGAUGAAAUAUUUCUAGUGGAUCAAAAAGCUAUUUUCAAUUAAUUGUUGUUGCAACUGGAACAGAAAUCAAUAUGGAUGUCGAUGCUUCAUACAACAAAGAUAUUGAAUCCAUACGUGAGAGGGAAUUCCCUAACAUCAGAGGGGAAACAUAUGUAGACCAUAUCGGAACAACUUUAUAUGCCAGAAGUCAAAUGGAGGCUUUCCAAAAUGAUCUCCUUGGAAACCUAUAUGGAAAUCCCCAUAGCAACAGUCAAAGCAGUUCCCUAGCAACAGAUGUAGUUGAUCAAGUGCGAUGCAGAAUACUUCAUCACUUCAACACAAACCAUGAGGACUACAGUGUUGUAUUUACUUCUGGAUGUACCGGUGCAUUGAAGCUGCUUGCUGAGACUUUCACCUUUGACCCCGUCUCCCACAGCAACCAAAGUGACAGUAAAAUGCUUAAUCAUAACACUUCGGAAAGAAAAAUGGGGUCUUUUAUUUACUUAUUGGACAAUCACACAUCAGUACAAGGCAUGCGAGAAACCAUGGCAACAAGAGCUGGGAUCAUUUAUUGUCUUGACACCUCUGAGCUUGAUUGUGAUCUAGACAUAAAAACAAAUAACAAAGGUCUGAUUUCUAAGACAGAACAUUAUGAACCUGGAGGAAACAAUCUGUUUGCAUUUCCUGGUCAGUCCAAUUUUUCUGGCGCUAAAUAUCCGCUUGCAUGGUUGUCUAAGGCGUGUUAUGGUAAAUUCUGCUUUCAAAAACAGCUCCCUGGUCAGUGGUAUACUGUUUUAGACGCUGCAGCUUUAGCCUCUACUUCUGACCUUGACCUUGGAGUGUACAAGCCAGAUUUUGUGACCUUAUCAUUCUACAAGAUGUUUGGGUUUCCUACAGGCAUUGGAGCUUUAUUAGUCAGGAACCAAUCAGCGCACAUGUUACAAAAGCGGUAUUUUGGUGGCGGAACAGUAGAAGUUAGCACAGCACAGGAAAACUUUAGGGUUUUCCGACAGAAUAUCUCCGACAGAUUUGAGGAUGGAACGAUACCAUAUUUGGACAUCAUCGCUCUCCGCCAUGGUUUUGAUACGUUAAGCAGGAUUGGAGGCGGUAUUCAGAAAAUUUCCCAGCAUGUUUUUACCAUUGCCCAAUAUUUCCAUCACAACUUGUCAUCAUUGCACCAUGGCAAUGGACGCCCAAUGGCGGAAAUCUACUGUGAGAAUGAAUUUGAUGACAUUCGUACACAGGGUCCAGUAAUAAACUUCAACCUGAGACGAGCGAAUGGAAAUUACAUAGGGUUUGCAGAGGUUAGCAAGAUGGCUCAGCUGUACAACAUCCACCUCAGAACGGGGUGUUUCUGUAACAUAGGAGCCUGUCAGAAGUACCUACAUCUGUCAUCCAGGCAGGUCAAGGAGAAUUUCCAGGCCGGCCACAAAUGUGGUGACAACAGGGAUCUGAUCGACGGAUUUCCUACAGGGUCUGUUCGGAUAUCUUUUGGCUACUCUUCUAUUCUCAGGGAUGCACAGGUCUGUUUGAAUUUCAUAUGUGCUUGCUUUCAAGAAAAAUCUGGAGAAAAGAUCAACUUUCUGAACUUGUCCCUCCGAGAUUUCCAUUGGCAUGGUUCUGAUCUUAAAACACAUAUAGAAUCAGGAAGAGGCGGACAAACAUCAGAUCUGGACAACUCAGGGUCGGAUCUCUCAUCAGAUGAAGAGUUCAUAGACUGCCAAUCAGAACAGGUUUUGGGAAUGAUGGUAAAUGAAAAAUCUGACCAAUCAGGAUUACUGACACUGUCACCCUUGCAAAUGGAUCAUAUCUUAGAAAGCUGUGAUGAAAACACUAGAAGACUUACAGGAAUCAUGCUGUAUCCUGUAAAAUCCUGUGGAGCAAUGGAGGUUAAAGAAUGGAGUUUUGGAAAGCGGGGGUUGCUAUACGACCGUGACUGGAUGAUUAUCUCAGAAAGUGGUGUUGUACUGAGCCAAAAAAGGGAGACAAAUCUAUGUCUAAUCCGACCAACAUUAGACCUACGGGAUCAGACAUUGAAACUAGAAUACCCUGAAAUGACAUCGUUCUACCUACCCUUAAACUGUGACACCCACCAGACCCCUAUAGAAGCCUGUACUAGCAAAGUGUGUGGAGAUCGGGUGAGUGGGAUAGAUUGUGGAGAUGCUGUAGCAGACUGGAUCAGUGUGGCAUUACAGCGAUCAGGAUGUCGGUUAAUUCAGCAGACCAAGACAGACCAACGCACUAGUAAACUCCAGGAUUCACGUGAAGCCAGCUCCAAGGAAACAUGUAGUUUAUCACUGGCUAAUGAAUCCCAGUAUUUGCUGAUAUCCUGUCAAAGUGUGCAAAUGCUUACAAGACAGAAUCCUGAAACGACAACUAGAGGAAAAUUCCUCUACAGAGGAAACUCAGGGUAUACCAGGUAUAGAAAGCUUGAUUGGUCGUUUCCGUGGUAAUUUCAUCAUCGCAGGAGGCCAGGCUUUUCAGGAAGAUUCAUGGAACAGCAUUGAAAUAGGAGAGAAUACAUUUUUUAGUCAGGGUGGGUGCAGUAGAUGCCAGAUGAUCUGUGUUGAUCAGUCUACAGGUCAGAGAGGCCUGGAGCCCUUAAGGUCUCUCGCCUCCUGGAGGGGCAGGAAGGUGCCUUUUGGUAUACACCUUCAAUCACUGGUGAGCUCCCCUGGAGGGAGGCUGAGAGUCGGGGACAGUGUCCGUGUGCUGACUCAAAAAUAACCCAGAUAUUACCUACGUUUCACAUUAUCCUUUAACCUGUUGUUAUGUCUGGUUGUGAUAUUUGCUAGUUUUAUUUUUUCCUAGUUCACAGAGAGAAAUUUAACAUAUAAGUUGUUGAUUGUUUUAGAGUGAUCUCUGUGUUUUGUAUGUUGGGGUCAGAGUUGCCUUUGACACAGACUGACCAGGUAUGUUAGUAUAUAUUCUGUUGAUGUGAAUGUGUUACUCAACAAGUUUUGUUAUCCUAUUAAAGGUACAGGGUAUCAGUGUUUCCGAUAAAAUUAUAAAGAGAGUCCCAUUCUGAAAUAGGCUUUCGAUUAUUUUCUCUAAAACUGUUUUUUUGAAAGAGUUACUUCCGUUUGCUUUUAGAGAUACUUCCGUUUGCUUUUAGAGUUACUUCCCUUUGCAGAAUGUUCCUAUUUCAUUAUGAUAUAGUCAUGGCUACACAUUAGUUAAGUAUGAGAUUCAUAGAUGAAAGGUUUUGACUUUGACCACUGGUAUUUUCUCUUCAAUAGUUAAAAUUUUAACAACUGAUGUUGUGUAGAAUUAAAUUGAAUAUUCCAUUACAUUAGACCUACAUAUAUAGAUGUAUGACUUAAUAUAUUCUUCAAUAUAUACAGUUAUCAAUAUCAACUUUAUAAAGUAAUUAUACCAGUUUAGAUAUCCCAGAGAAUUUUCCAGUAAAUGCAGAGAUUGUUCUGGUCUUUAUAUUAAUAUGUACUGGAUUGGAACCAAUUAUGAUUUAGGGAAGCUAAAUAUACACAUCAACAAUGAGCUUCAGAUUGUAUUCACCCAGUAUCUAUAUAUCAAGUGUAAUUUACUGUAUAAUUGGUUACUUU